ACAUCAACUUCCUCUAUAUAAAUAUGCCAGGUAGGCAGGUAGAGAAGUAGGUUCAAAGCGAUGAGAAGGCAAGACUCCAAACUCCAAGAGAUACACCUGCCAUCUAGGUAUAUGCACAUGAACCUUUAAGCCAUUAGGUGGCUCCUACUACUACUAGUACCUAGAUAAUAGUAAAUAUCAAAGCCAUCCAACUCGACCACAUACACACCAGACAUGACAACUCCUCAGAUUUAUAACUACAUAAUACAAAUUAUACUACUUCUUCACCGUCGCCGAGAUCAUCCAACUCCCACUAUCGUUAACCCCAAUCCAUCGAUUUUCACUUACUUCCGCAUAUACCUUCCACAUACUCAGAGCCAGAACAUCAUAAAAAAUGUCGCGAAUAUCGCCCAUGCCGCAAGAAGAAGACCUAGCAGCGGAACCAAAGAACGACCUGUGUAACAGGAUCCCCCUGGUAAUCCGAAACGGGACGGCAUGUACCCUGAAUCCUACCCGGCCGCCAUGUCCGGUCCAGGGGGGGCCAGAAGACGAGUGCCCCCUCUGCCUGGGCCCGGUCGCCGACCCCUCCCAGCUCACCACCCUCCCCUGCGACCACGCCUUCCACGACGACUGCAUCCGCACGUGGACGCAGGUCUACGACUGGGAAGACUACGACGUCGACUGCGCGCACUGCCCCGUGUGCUACCUCGACCUGACGUACCGGUGCGGGGACAUGAUAUCCGCGGACCUCCUCCGCCCCGGCGUCAAGAUCCUGCCCCAGGAGCUCGAGCUCACGUGCCCGAGCUACCACGCCCUCGACCGCGACGACGACGACGACGACGACCAGCACUUUCUCAAGUUCUCCGAGCGGCCGUGCUCCCCGCGAAACGUAGCCGACCUAUGGUUCGUGCAGCACGCGCACUACACCGACCAGCUGGACGCCCUGAACCACCGCCAGCGCCACAUCUGCCAGGACUUCUACCCGGACAUCUGGCUGCCACCCCCGCCGCCCCCAACGCGUCCCGCACCACGGCUGCACUACCCAUGCCCCCCGUCCUGGUACACGCAAGCGCCCCCCGCCCAACCACCCUCCAACCAAGCGCCGCUCCUCCCCGCAGUCUGGCGGCCCCUGCGCAUAGACGACCAACCCCCCACGCCCCCCCCCUCCUCCGCGUCCUCCCCCCCCUCCUCCACCUACCCGCACGACACGACCUGCUGCGAAGCCAGCCUCAACCCCGCCGACCACAAGCACCAGCGCAAGCGACGACCCUCCCCCUUCGCCUUCCGCCUCGCGAACGCGUGCCUGCGGCCCCCCGGCGCCGGCUCCCUCUCUCUCCCGGGCGCCGCGCGCAUCGCGCCGCACACGGCCGAGGGGUGGCGGUACAGCGCGGUGCGGCUGGCGCUGGCGCUGGACCGGGGGGACGCGCGCUUCGCGUGGGCCGCGCUCGCCGACCUCGAGGGCAUGGGCUUCCGCUUCCUCGUGUUCUGGCCCGCCGCGCAGCCGAGCCUGGCCCCCCUCGACGCCGCGCGCGCGCGCCUGCGCGGCCUGCUGAGGGAGCUGCUGGCGCGUCUGGGGAGGUAUAGGCGCGAGCACGAGGGGUGGGUUGAGCUGAAUGGGGUGGCGCAGAUGCACUGCGAGGGGGAGAGGGAGGCGCUGGAGAAGGCGUUUGCGGUGUUUUGGAGCUUGUACAGGUGGACGAGGGAGCAGACGGGGUUGUUGUUGAAGGAGUUUACGUACGCGAGGGGGGUGUGGUGAUGUAGGUGUAGGUGUAGGUGUAGGUGUAGGUGUAGGUAUGGGUAUGGGCAAGGGGGUUCGGAGUUGGGGAUGAAUGAGGUUGAUAUAGAUAUAAGAAAACAGAGGAAAGUAGGGUCAUAGAUGUCGUGUCGGAAGCAAGCGAGUCGUAUAUCUUACCUGUUGGGUACAUCCUGUUUCUCGAUGGAGGUCUGUCUGCCUUGGUCAGGUAGGUAGUCAUACUUACAUAGGUAUUCUUCUUACGAUAGACACCGAGCGGAUAUGACUUUUUUUUGGAUUCUUUGUUUGGGUUUAGAUACUUGAUAUGGGUCGAGUUGGUUAGAAGAUAGGCAAAGCGGGAAUGCAGAACUCGACUUUCAAUGCGAGUGGUACUUUCGAACUUCUUGUCCUGGAAAGGAGUCCCCAA